AUGGACGGAGGCGCACCCUACAACCCCCGAACUGUAGAGGAGGUUUUCAGGGAUUUUAAAGGCCGUAGAGCUGGAAUGAUCAAAGCCUUAACCACUGAUGUUGAAGAAUUUUAUCAGCAGUGUGAUCCUGAGAAGGAGAAUCUUUGCCUGUAUGGAUUCCCUAAUGAACAGUGGGAAGUCAAUUUACCUGCCGAAGAAGUGCCUCCAGAGCUCCCAGAGCCUGCACUUGGAAUUAACUUUGCUAGAGAUGGGAUGCAAGAAAAAGACUGGCUCUCUUUAGUUGCUGUUCAUAGUGAUGCAUGGUUGCUUGCUGUGGCUUUCUACUUUGGUUCUAGAUUUGGUUUUGAUAAAACUGAUAGGAAACGUCUCUUCUCUAUGAUAAAUGAUAUCCCCACAAUAUUUGAAGUUGUAACUGGAGCUGCAAAGAAGCAGGCAAAGGAGAAAUCAUCCAUUUCAAAUCACAGCAGUAACAAAUCCAAGUCAAACUCAAAAGGGCGAGGACCAGAAUCUGUCAAGUAUUCGAAGGGGCAGCCAAAGGAUGAGGAGGAAGGACUGGAUGAGGAGGAGGAUGAUGAGCAUGGGGAUACCUUGUGCGGGGCAUGUGGAGAGAACUAUGCUGCAGAUGAGUUCUGGAUUUGUUGCGACGUGUGUGAAAAGUGGUUCCAUGGCAAGUGCGUGAAGAUCACUCCUGCCAGGGCUGAGCACAUCAAGCAGUACAAAUGCCCAUCAUGCAGCAACAAGAGAGCUAGACCUUGA